CUGAAAGCUCUUGCCAUGAAUUCAGGCUCAAUGACACAUCACUCAUGACACACCAGCUUGUCAAACCAUUGCCAAACUAUUCCAAGAGAAAGCAGCCCCAUGGUGUUUUCACCAGAACUGGGACCUGUGAUUCACAUGGAGAAUUACCUGUUGGAUACAGACUGAUUUUUGAUUACCUGUGUACUGAGCUCCUUUUUGUGAAGCUGAAUGGACGAAGGAUGCAGGUUGACAGACCACAGCUGAGGGACACCAUGCACCCAGGAGGGGGUUAUGGCUUAUAGCAGACUCCUGCUGCUGCUGAUAGGAGUGAUUUCCUGCCAUCUACCUGAAAUCCAGGCCAGACCCAACAACUUUUGGUGCAGCCCUCAAGCGAGGAAAACUAUGGAGAGAAAGACUGAGGGGCUGAGGAAAGACAUGGCUACCUGCGUGGGUGAAAACAUGCUGCCCUCUCCUGUACAGUUACCGUGUGUUUCCAUUAACACAACAGAGUGGGCAAAUAAAACCCUGCGGCAGAAGCAUGCAGAGGUGGUUGAGGCCCUCCAGGUGUUUCAAGGCGGAGUGCAGGGGGCGAAGGACCAGACCACAUCAGGAUGUCUGAUGUCACUGUUGGAGAAACUUGAGCAUCUCAUCAAAAAUUAUUUGGUUAUCGUCAGCAGUGUUCAGAUACAGGAUGACACAGUGACACCAUCUCAGUCUGCAGCACAGAACUGUUCCAGCUCCAGCAGCACUAAUGAAGUGCUAAAGCAGUACGAAAACUUACUCCAGGGAAAAUUGGAGCGCUUUGCCACUGACCUCCAAAAAGAUAUCUCCAAAACAGAACCCAGGACAAACAAUACUAAAGUAGCGUGCAGCUAAUUUAAGAAACGGAAAGUAUUUGUGCUGCUGAGCUGUGCUGCUGUGUACCUGAGGACUGAUCCAGGACACUACAGGGUGUCAGGAGAGGACCAGCACACUGUGGACUGGGAGGGUCUGUGUGUUGACAAGGACUUGAGGAAAAAGGAGCGGGUGCUGGUUUUGUCGUUCACGCUGGAAACAAGGAUGAACACAGGCGUCAACUUGUGAGGAGUUUUAAAGGCCAAGAGAAGUAUGGGUUUGAGAUGAGUGUCAUAAAAACAAGGUACGGAGCCCAGCUGGUGACAUUUGUGAACAAGGAAAAAAAGAUUCAAAGUUCAAGUUCCAGAUGUGGUUGGAUGGUUGUCAGUUUUGGAGUGAUGCUGUUUAUUAUGCAGUAGAUGAGGUAACUGCAACACAUUCUCACUCCGAUCUCGUCACAUAUUGACAUUUAAACACAAUACAUCAGUACAACAACGCAAAUUGCUGUUUUUUUUUUCCUCCAACAACACACACAUGUGGUUGGUUUAGGACAAAGGAACAGGGUUUGGCUUUACAAUCUCACAUGAAGCAAACACCGGCCUCCUGGGUGAAAGUCAGUGUUUUUUUGACCCAUCCACCAACAAUCCUGCCCACCCCACUCGGACUUUCGCUGCCUAUAUUUUUGUUCCUGUCUCACUGCGCUUCCCCCGAUGCCUCCGGGCACCAUUAAACUAUAACAGCGACCGGCCGCGUAUCAUGUCAACAUGAAAGGACGUCUUUUCGUCAGUGCUUGAUGCCACAAGUCACUGCUUUAGCGCUGUUUUUUGACGACUGACGACAUUGUUUGUUGGACCCAUCCACCACCCCUCCCACCAACUCUACACAGACUUUCGCCACCUUCCACUUCCAUUCUUGUCCCGCCACGUUUCCCCCUGAUGCUGCCAAGCGACGUUAAACUGUAACGCCGACCUGCCGAGUAUAAUGGCAACGUUAAAGGACAGCUUUUUUUGUCAGCGUGUGAUGCCACAACUCACUUCCUAGGCACUCUAUCUAUCUAUCUAUCUAUCUAUCUAUCUAUCUAUCUAUCUUAAAAAUGUUAAAAGUUAAAAAAGUUGAGGCCAGCUCAGCUUUGAUUUGCAGCACAUCCCGCCUGUCCGCAGUGACAAGUGUCAGGCGACAGUUUGCAGCUUUAUGAUGGCGGCUACAAGUGGAUGCACUGUUGUACAUCCACUUGUAGCCAUUUUGUCUUUCCAACAUGUGCAUAAUAACAGAGUAUGAGCAGCCGAAUCAAGUGUCUCUUGCUUGGAAGGAAUCCAAACGUGACUAUAACUCUUUCCUUGAUCAGAAUAACACUUAAUCAAAGUCUUGUCCCUGCUUGCAAGCAGCCGAAGCUACUGAUGAUUCACCUGCCAGUUAUUCAAAGCAGUUAUCUCCAUGGAGACGUAUUCGUAUUUUGUGAAAUGAUUUUAUUCCGAUGGCCAAUUAAAACAUCACCAAGACCUAAUCCGAUCUCCUCCAGGCCUUAAGAACGUUGUGGCCACAGAGUAGGAUCUUGUUUCCAUGCAUCAUUCAUAUGCAAUAAAUAAAUAUAUUUUCACAAAUGUCACCGUGUGGGCUCCACAGAAAUCAGUCCAGUUGUGUUGAGAUAUUUCAGUCUGGACUAAAGUGGCGGACCGACCGCCUUCUGAGAGGCCGACAGACCAACACUGCCAUCACUGCUGGUGUGGUUGGAUUAAAUAAAGAGACUUGAACCAGUGACACUUUGGGGACCUGCUUUAGAUUCAAAGGUACAAUAUCGUCACAUGAACUAGUGAAGUCAGAAGCGCUGAGCAGCUGUUGGUGCCAGGAAGUUUCACAAACAGGCGUUCAGAGUCUUUCAGGUGAAACCAGUCCGACUGGAGCGCUAUUGUUGUAUCUUGGCUCUCCUUCAGACACACACACUCAUAGGUAAAUCUAAUUUGGUAAUGAGCAUCACUUUAUCACACUGCCUGCACCUGUGUUAACAUGAGCACUGUGUGUCAGUGCACUUUGUUGGCUACAUUUCUACUGAACAAAACUGUACCUGCAGCGCCCUCUGUAGGUGCUGAAUAAGUGGUGCUCUGUGCUGGAUUCUGUUGUGAUCUGCUCUCAUGGAGGCAAACAGGCAUCUCAACUCUUCAUGCUAGACUGUGGGAGGCUUGUGUGGCCUCCAGGAAGACUUUGACACAGAUUUUAAAUGACAGAAGGAAAAGAAGGAAUUCAAUUGUAAAUGCAAAAAGAUCUUCAAAAACGAGACAGAAACAGUUAAAGAGGCUCGUGGUGAUUUUCAUAAAGCGACUCAACUCAGCAAAAGUCAGUUGUGAGUUAUUUAGAUUUGCAAAACAGGGACAAUGUCGUGUGCUACAACAAACCAGUGAGUGCACACUCACAAAUGAUCAGUGUUGAAAACCCAAAUGCGUCUGAAUGUCUGAAUAUAUGCACAACUGCAUUACUUUAUAGAUGUUGUAUAUGUAUUGACUUUUUUAUGCAAGUAUAUCUGUGUAUAUGUGUGUCACUAAUAUGUAGCCUAAUUCUUUAUAUGUCACUGUAGUGCUGAGGACAGACGUCCACACUCUGUAAAGCAGGCUGUGUUAUAUGUGUUAAUAUGUUAUUUAUUUACCAGGGAGGACUUCACAUUGUGUGUGGGAGGGGGAGGGGGAGGGGGGUCAUUACAGUGUUGCACUAUUCUGUAUUAUCUGUAUUAUUAUUAUUAUUAUUAUUAUCACUUUUAUUAUUAGUGUUACACAGUUAUUACUGCUGUUGCAUCAUUCUGUGAGAAUACAGAAAUGAAAGAAGAGGGGGAACCUGUUGGUUUUGGUCUGACAUGUUUGUUUCACAGUGCUCUGAUCAUCUGAUCACAGAAGUAUUGAGCUGUGUAAGGUGCCAUUAUUGCUAAAAAGAAAAAUACUGACUUUCUUUUCCCCACUGGAAGUUUCACAAAACAAAUACAAUGCAUGUAUCGACAACAAUUAAAGUACAUUUAAUAUUUAGUAUGUUUUCUUCUUUGAUCUUUUUAUGUUCUUUAAUGUAUUCACUAUUAUCUCAAGUGCGUAAAGAUCUUGGUCUACAUAUCCUCAAGCUGCACGUGUUUCCCCUACACUGAACUGUGCUGCAGAGACAUGGGGUUGAAAAGAAUCUAAACCUGCUGGCGCUGUAUAGAAAAGAGCUAUCAGUGUUUUCUGGUGGUUUGAUUUGCUCCAGCAGUUCAGGGAGACAUGGGCUGGGUACCAGAGCAAUGCAAUGGAAAUGUGAAAUGAUUCACAUGUGUUGCCUACUUCAUGUAAAAUUCUGCUUCAGAGGUUUUUCCACCCUGACCAGAACACAGCUCUCUGAUAGAACACUGAAUAUUUACUGUGUUUAGAAAUAUUAAACAUUGUGCAAAAUAUUG